AUGGCCGACGUCACCAAGGGCCACCGUUCCUACUGGACCCCGGACACCGUGAUACUCAUGCUCCUCACUGCUGGUCUCUACUUGGCCUGCAAGAACUGUGUCCACUGCAAGAAGAUGAACAAGAUGCUCGAGCAGCACCAGGACAUUCCUCAUGAUCGCGUGAAGAUGGAGUACAAGCAUGUCGGCACUGGUGAAAGCGGUGGCGAAGAGGUUUUGUAUAUUACCCUACUGCCCGUCGGGCAAGCCCUUGGGCAAGUGAGCUGA